AUGAUAGACGAUGAAGAAUUUGCUGUUCAUGAUAAUUUCGACAAUGAAUCUUUUGAUGAUUUCGACAUAGGCCCUGAAGGUGAAUGUUUAAAUGGCUCAAUAUAUGACACCGAUCAGCCUCGUUCUAUGGAGAAGAAAAAAAUCUCUUUACCUGGAAAAACUCCCAAACCUCCAUUGUCCGUUAUUCCAGAGGAGUCUAGAGUAGAUACUGAUAUAAUUUCAUCUGACAAAGAGAAUAUUGAGAGCGAUCCAUUCGGGGAUUCUUUCGGUUUGCGUUGCUCUUUGAAAGGAUCAAAUUUUGAUAUAAAUGAAAGUGCUGCUUUUUCAAGUGGAAUUGAAGCAAUGAAGCUCUUCAAAAAAGCGGAAGAAUCAUUUGAUAAAUCGGGUAGAGCUCAUUUCAUUACUGAAGAUCCUAGGUUUGAUUGUAUGAAUUUUAAUAAGGAGAAUAGCUGGGAACCAUCUCCACCGAGCUUUUAUGCCAAGGCUAAAGAUGAUCCUGAUACAACUCCAAAACGAGGAUCAGAGCGUUCAACGUCUUCGUCUUUUUUCAAGCAGCGUAGCAUCAAUGAGCGUCCUGUGAUGAAGGAAACAAGAUUCAAGGACUAUGACGAUGAUCAUGACAAGGAGUUGCCUGUAAAAUCACUGAGGGAACAUGCAACAACUCCUCGUAAGCCUAGCAGAGUUGGAAGUAGGAUCAUGGCUGAUAGAGCUAUCUUGUCACCCGAGAGUAAAUCUGUUUCUACUAAAGCGAGUACACCAAACGGGAGAGGAAAUGCUCCACUGCCUGCUUUUGACAUAUCGGAAAUCCCUGGAGAGAAUAACGACAGCGUUUCAGAAGAACCUAAAGGGGAUAAGUCACCUCGUCACUCAAAUGAUGACUCUAAUGUGUCGGAUGUUAGCUCAAUUAAUCAAUCAGCGGUAAAUGAUAUUCUCAGUACUGCAAAGCAUGAAAGUUGUGAUGCGUUAAUAGAAAGAUUGGAAAUGAUUAGGAAAAGAGGACCACUUAUACAUAGAACUGUUGGACGAACCAACAUGCCACCCCCUCCUCAGUGUUUGACUGUUGUUAAAGAUAAGGAUAAUGAUGUUGUUAACAAGUUUCAAAACUUGAGCAUUCUGUCAAAAAGCAAAUCUCAUUACCAGAAGCAAAAUAUUGAAAAGAAAAAAGAGAACAGCUUCCAUGACAGUAGUCAUUUGGCAUCUCGUCCUUCUUCUUCUGCACUAACCAGUCGUCCACCUACUGGAAUGAGCUCUCGUCCUCCUACCGGUAUGAGCACCAGACCUUCAACAGGCAUGAGUGUCAACUCACAAUCAGACAAUCCUCUGAGAAUUGAUUCACGUUAUCUCAUGUUCGGAUUUCUGGAUGUUGGAGACUCCGAAAUUCUCAACGUUAAUCUCACUAAUAGAACUACACAGCCUAUGCGGUUGAAGCUAACCCUACGAAACCCUAACUGCGGCUACACGAUAACGAGUGGCGGAAUAAUGUCUUUACAAUCAAGUGAAGCGAUGCCUGUAUCCAUAAGUUUCCGUCCAAACGAGUACGCUCGAGUUAAUAACACUCUAAUAGUCUCCAUCAUAUCUGGAACCCACACAGGAUUGAAUUAUUCGGUGUUUUUAAGGGGGUCUGGAGGAGUAGCGAACUUGGUGCCUGAGGCCCAAAAAGAUUUGAUGGUGACGUCCAAUAAAGGAUUUUUCAUCCGAACAGCCAAUCGCAGUAGCUUGACCUUUGAUGUGAAGAAUAAGGGAGUGAGAGAAGCCUUCUGUAAAGUUCUACUGUUUUAUGGAGGUUCUGUUUUAAAUACUAAAAUAAGCCCUUCUUCUAGCUUUAUUUUGAAGAGGAAUCACACACAGAGUAUUGUCAUUGAAGUCAGCAAUCUGCAGUCUUACCUGAGUUCCGAUUUUCGAUCAUCAUCUCAGUCGUUAGGCGGAUAUGCUUGUUCGAGAAACUCUUCAAUGUCUUCACAGCACGGACAGGCUGAUAUGAAGAUAAUUCUACUGUGGGGAGAAGAAUGUCAAAGACAACGAUUGAAAUGUUUCGGAAAGAAAUAUCGUAAGAAUGUAGAUGUACAAGAUGUUGACUUCACUGUCCCGUUCCUUGGAGAACAAACCGAUUUCGUGCCACCAGAAGAUUUUCCGGUGCAACCAAAAGACAUAACAAUUUUCACGACAUAUUUGAGGAAAACAGAAAUCCCAGUUGUCUCAGUGUUUGCGUCUAAUGCUAUGUUAGCGCUUCCAAUUGAUUGUGAUGCUACGUUUGGACCAGAUACAACUAUCAUGUACAGAAACCCAAUUGAUCGUACUGUUGUCGGUGAUGUGACAGUAGCAAAUCCUCUGCGACGUGGGGAAUAA